GUGAUAGUUCAUUUAAUUGUCAUAAUGAGAUUAUAUCAAAGACGAAAGAAAGUUCUCUUUUAAAGAGCAUCGAAUCAAGAUGUUUCAGACAAUACAAAGAUGAUUUAACUUUUAAGUAUGCUGUUUUUCUUAUGGUAAUUUGUAAUAUUGCUAUUGUCUUACUUUGGAGUAUCGUCUAUGGAUAUUAUGUAAAGCGUCGAAUUGAACAUAAUGAUAAUAACAGUCCAAUAGAAAACAGAGACGAACAAAGUGAACCUCUACAUGUGGAAUAUAGCGAAGGAACUCGUCAAUCUGACAACGUUGCACUUAAUUUUUCUUCAUUUUACAUUUACAUCGUUUAUUUGAUGGUUCGCCUCGUCAUAUUGUCUGUCUUUGUUGGAUUAUUUUUCUUUGCCACAUUUCCCGUCGAAUACACCUGUAAAAGACGUCCAACUAUCAAAGAAAUUUCCAUGUUAAAUCACACCAUUUCAACCGUUGAUUGUGAAAACCCCAACAGUGAUAAAAGUGAAAUCUUAAUUAAAGCUGUUUUAUCUGUCGAUUUUAUAGUAAUAACACUAACAAUUUUAGAGCUGUGUUACUUGACGUAUAAGGCUUGGGUCGAUAAAUCUUUUAAAAAAGAGGAAAAAUUUUCGACUGUUUACUUGAAUUUUGUACCGCUCCAAAAAGAUGACUGUGCAAAUCCUUUGAAAGGAAAAAAAGAAGAAUUUGGAAAACAUUUGGAAGAAAUUAAAAACAAUUUCAAAACGGACGAAUUAUUUGAAAUACAUGACGACUUUGGCAAUGAGAUGAAAGAGUGGCGAAAUCUUGACGAUAUUUACAUCAACGUCUUAAUGCAAGCAGAAAGACAAUUAAAGAAUGCUUAUCCAAAAAAAUUUAAAAGGCACGAAAUCGUUGAUUGCUAUCUUACAAUAAGAGAAGAAACAAAAAAAUUAACAAGGGCAAGAGAAAUUUUUACACCAAUCCAGGGGGGGCAAGACCAAUCGUAUCCCCGCACCAUUUUAGUUAUUGGAAGGCCAGGAAUUGGUAAAACUAUGUUAACAAAAAGAAUUUUGCUUGAAUGGAUAAAAAAUUCAGAUGAAUUUUUUCUAGAUAAACUUGUUCUUUUAAUGCGAUGUCGUGAUUUUAAAAAUAGCAACAUUAGUCUCAAAGAUAUGUUAAGUGAUUGUGAUGGAUUUUCAGAUAAAGAUUUUCCUAAAAUUUACGACUUUGUAAUCAAGUAUCCUGAAAAAACUGUUCUUGUCUUUGAUGGUCUUGAUGAACUAUCUUUGAAUGAAGAAUGCCUUAAUAUUGGUGGUUCAAUCCUCCAUGAUGCGAAAAUGCCAACAUUUAGACUAUUAAGUUCGUUUGUAAAACGUAAACUGUUGCCUGAUGUCACUGUUGUUAUAACAUCACGACCCACAGCUGAACAUGCAUUUGAUGAACUAAAAUUUGACCGAACAGUGGAGAUCUUAGGUUUUUUUGAAGAACAGAUCAAAGAUUAUAUCGAAAAGUUUUGUGGUAAUGACAAGAAUACCAAAGAGUUAAUUUUGAAUUGUAUUGAUAAUUCUAAUGAACUUCGUAGCCUGUGCUACAUCCCUGUCAACACUUAUAUUGUCUGCUUGACCCUAAAGGAAAGCUUUAUAAAUAAUGCUGAGGAUAUUCCAAAGACAAUCACUGAAUUGUACAACAGAGCAAUAAAAAUCUUACUAUGGAGACACCAUCCUUCUCUCAAGAAAAUAAAACCGCCGAAAAAUCAUUUGAUUAUCCCUUUACCAUCCUCACUUGAUACCGAUAUAAAAAAAAUAAAAGAAACAGCAAAGAAAGGACUUGAGGAAGGAAAUUUGAUUUUUGAAGAAGAGAAUAAUACAGAAUUUCAUAAUUUGGCAAACUGUGGUGUUUUCCAUCAGAUACCACAUAAACGACGCUUUUUUUAUUGUUUUCUUCAUUUGACUCUUCAGGAAUUUUUAGCUGCGUGUUAUAUUGUUGACGAUUGGCUAAACCUUGGCAAAUUUUUGGAUGAUCACGUUGCAGAUCCUAAAUGGCAUUUGGUGAUUGAAUUCAUUGCUGGUUUAGUUGGAGAUAUGAAAAAAAGAGGAGAAGUAAAGGAUAUUAACGUUGUUGAACAAAGGUUUACAUUUUGGAUCUCACAUUUCUUUUCCAAUGACGGCAAUAAAGCAAUUGGUUUUCUGGGAGUAAAGUGCUUAUACGAGUUGCAAGACAAAGAUAUCGUGAGGUCAGCAUGUACACAACUAAAUAAGAAUUAUUCUCGAGAAAUGAAGAUUGAAGACGUUUCUUUUACUCCGGUUGAUUCAAAAGCAUUUUUCGAAUUUCUUUCGGAAUGCAAACACAUAAAUGAAGUUUUGUUCCAUUCGUGUGAGUUUAUUGAUAAUCAUGUCUGCCUUGCAAUGAAAAAGUUUUUAUUAAACUGGACAGGCGACAAAUUACUCUCUUUGCGUUUUGAUUUUUGUGAUUUUAGUCGUUAUUUUUUGAAAUAUCUCAGUGAAACUUUAAAAUGUGGUAACUUUACAUUCACUGCAUCUUACAACUCUAUUAAUCUAGAAAAUGAAAGUGCUAAAUAUCUUAAUGAAGCUUUGAAAUUUAAGAAUUGUAAAAUUGCGGAUUUAUAUAUUGAUGCCAAGGAUUUAGAUGAUGAAGGCGCUAAACAUCUUAGUGAAGCUUUGAAAAGUGAGAAUUGUAUACUUACUAAAUUGGAUCUUAAUGACAGCAAGAUAGGUGAUGAAGGCGCUAAAUAUCUUAGUGAAGCAUUAAAAAGUGAGAAUUGUAAACUUACUAAAUUGUAUCUUAAUGACAGCAAGAUAGGUGAUGAAGGCGCUAAAUAUCUUAGUGAAGCAUUAAAAAGUGAGAAUUGUAAACUUACUGAAUUGGAUCUUAAUGACAACAAGAUAGGUGAUGAAGGCGCUAAAUAUCUUAGUGAAGCAUUAAAAAGUGAGAAUUGUAAAUUUACUAAAUUGGAUCUUGCAAGUAACCUAAUAGGUAAUGAACGCGCUAAAUAUCUUAGUGAAGCAUUAAAAAGUGAGAAUUGUAAACUUACUGAAUUGUAUCUUAAUGACAACAAGAUAGGUGAUAAAGGCGCUAAAUAUCUUAGUGAAGCUUUGAAAAGUGAAAAUUGUAAACUUACUCAAUUAUAUCUUAAUGACAAUAAGAUAGGUGAUGAAGGUGCUAAAUAUCUUAGUAAAGCAUUAAAAAGUGAGAAUUGUAAACUUACUCAAUUGGAUCUUGAUAACAAUAAGAUAGGUGAUGAAGGCGCUAAAUAUCUUAGUGAAGCAUUAAAAAGUGAGAAUUGUAAACUUACUAAAUUGUAUCUUAAUGACAGCAAGAUAGGUGAUGAAGGCGCUAAAUAUCUUAGUGAAGCAUUAAAAAGUGAGAAUUGUAAACUUACUGAAUUGUAUCUUAAUGACAACAAGAUAGGUGAUGAAGGCGCUAAAUUUCUUAUUGAAGCUUUGAAAAUGAAAAUUGUAAACUUACGGAAGUGUACUUUUCUGCUUACAAAAUUAGUAAUCAAGGCACCAAAUAUUUUAGUGAAGCCUUAAAAUGUGAGAACUGUAAACUUACUGAAUACUUAAGAUUGAACACUAACAACGUAGUUUGCAAACGGAAAGGCCUAGUACUUAAGCUUGGCCAACCAUUGUCUAUUAAGAAAAGAUUCGUUUGCAGUGGUGUACUGGGCUCUGACUUGCUUCAAUUUAAGGCCCUUUAGCUUUUUACUAUUAGGGGGGACCAUAAAAAGUAUAUAAAUUAGGGGGGACCAUAAAAAUAUUUUGUGAUAAUAUAUUGUCAUAAACAACAAUUUCUGCAGAAUUUAGCUAUCCUAAGCUGUUUUUAACUCUGCAAUAUUAUUCAGUGUUGUAAAAAGAACAGUUAAUCCAUUUCCAAUGACUUCGACACCUCUCAAAAGUACUUUAAAAUGUUAGUUUGUGCAAUGCCCGUUUGCCUGCUUUAAUUUUUAUUUCUCAGUAAGGGGGCCUUACAAUGGGCUCAUAUUCUAUAGCGCAUGCAAUUGCUAGUAGAGCAAUCCAUGCGUGAUGCAUAACUGUUAUCGACAUCUACUUUAUGAGUAAUAUAGCCAUGAUUUUCUUUUGUUGCGCAAAUUGUAAGCUUGAUAAAAUGUAAGUUUGUAGCUAUCUUAAUUUUUCAGGAAUGAACUGGAAUAACUUUUCAUCAAAAUUUUAUUAAGCUGGUUUUUAGCUAGAUAUUUCUACAUAGUUUUUAUAAAAACUUUGCAUAUUUUGAGCUUUCUUAUUCAAGUGAAGUGAACGCAUUUCGUUUUAAAGUUGGCUUGCGCACGCAGUAGCGAAGAGUUUCAUUAAGUUUUCUUGACUAACUAAAAUGACUGAAAAUGAAAAUUUGUUACUUUAAAAUUUCCUCUCAUGCAAAAGCCUAAGUAAAACUCUGAAAAAGCGUCUCCUGGGAAAAAA